AUGAUUUGUGAGAGAUUGAAAGAAGUGCUCCCACAACUAAUUGAUUCUUGUCAAGGGGAUUUUGUUGCAGGGAGAUUAAUCCUUGACAACAUUCUGGUAUGUCAAGAUAUGCUAAAGGGUUACAACAAUGAAAGGAAGCCACCUAGAUGUACUAUUAAAGUGGAUCUAAGGAAAGCUUAUGACUUUGUUUGUUGGGACUUUAUUGAGGGGAUGCUGAUGGCUUUAGGUUUUCCUGGAAAGUUUGUGAAGUGGAUUAUGCAAUGUGUUAGAACUCCCUCUUUCUCUCUUAUGAUCAAUGGUGCUCUAUAUGGUUUUUUUGCUGGUAAAAAGGGGAUAAGACAAGGUGAUCCAAUGUCUCCCUUACUCUUUGUUCUUAUUAUGGAAUAUUUGACAAGAAUGUUAAGGAAAAUAUGCAAGAAGAAGGGCUUUACGUUUCAUCAAAGGUGUGAGAAACUGGCUUUAAAUCAUUUAAUUUUUGCAGAUGAUUUAAUGUUGUUCUGCUUUGGUAAUAAGAAUUUUGUUCAGUUUUUAAUCAGGGCUCUCAAGACCUUUGAAAAGAGAUCUGGGUUGCAGGUUAAUACUGAUAAGUCAGUUAUCUAUUUUGGAAAUGUUCCCACACAGAUUAAGGAUGAUAUUUUGAUGUUGUCUGGGUUUGAGACAGGUGAGAUGCCUUUCAAGUAUUUGGGUAUUCCUUUGAAUGAUAAAUAUCUGAAAGUAAAGGACUAUGAUGCUCUGAUUGAUAAGAUGAUGAGUAAACUGCACUACUGGAGCACUAGAAAUCUAUCCUAUAGUGCUAGAGCUGUUUUAGUCAAUGCAGUUCUGAUGAGCUUGCAUAUUUAUUGGGCUCAACCUAAGUUUGCUGGAGGUCUUGGGAUCAGGGGUUGUUUAGCUUGGAAUAGAGCUGCCUUGGGGAGUUAUGUUUGGAAGAUUGCAAAGAAGACUGAUUCAUUAUGGGUUAAAUGGGUGCAUGCAGUUUAUAUAAAGGAUCAAGAUUGGUGGGAUUAUGUCCCUAAGAAAGAUGCAGGAUGGGGAUGCAAGUUGUUAUGCAAAGUGAAGGAUGAGUUGAAAGAUGGGUUUAUGAGUAAUAAUUGGUUAAAUAAGAAAUAUAGAAUUGCAGAUUGUUAUAGGUGGAUACAAGCAAUGCUGGGAAGAUUGAAGACGAGAGAUAAACUGGUUCAGUUUGGUGCCUGUGCAAAUGAUAGGUGUCUGCUUUGUGGUCUGCACACUGAAAUUGUUAAUCAUCUGUUUUUUGAUUGCAUUUACAUUUACAAAUGCUUGAGCAAGAUUUGUAGCUGGAUUAAUAUUCCAGUUGUGCAGUAUAGCAUUGAUAAUGGUUGGAAGAUUUGGAAAGAUGGGUGCAAGAUUAAGACUAGGCAAAAUGUGUUGCUUGCUGUGUUGACUGCUGUGAUUUACCAGAUUUGGUUUGCCAAAAAUCAUGCUUUCUGGGAGAAAGCUAUUAUUCACCCAGACAGGAUUGUUCAGGCAAUUAAGAUUGAAGUCUUGGGCAGAUGCCAGCAAAUGAUUAGUAGUAAACGGUCUAGGAAUGAUUGUAAAUGGUUGUAUAGCCUCAGAUUGUUGUUCCUUCCCUGGCUCCCUGUGUUCUUCCUAGAAGAUUAUAGGGUUUCAAGGUUGGAUAGGUGUUCUGGUUUCUUUGGUGAACCCUACCUAGAAGGUGGCACCUUGGGAACUAGAACCUAG